ACACCCGCCCCCACCGCCAUCCCACCCCUCGUCUACCGCGUCCACCGCAGCACCUCGCAAACCCGCUACUCCUUCUCCACCGGCUUCAGCGCGAAAAACCAAACCACAAUCGUAAACUACACCUCGGCCCUCUCGCGCUUCGGCCUCGCGCACCUCAACCAGCAAACCAACAUCUCGUCGCCCUUCAUCAGCGUCUACGACAACGCCGCGCACGCCGAAGCCGUAGCACGGUAUUUUGGCGAGAGAUACCAGGAGGAUACGUGGGUUGUUAGUGUUGAUCCUGCGCAUUUUGCUAGGGGUCCGGUGUUUCGGGCGGCGGAUUUGUUGAGGGAGGGUGGGGAGGGUGGUGCAGAGAGUGGGAGUAGUAAUAGUAGUGGGAGUAGUGGUAAUAGGAACAAAGGGAAAGGGGCGGUGGAUGGUGCGGAUGAGUGGUUGCAUUGGGGGGAGUAUUUGGUCAUGUAUCGGAUUCCUGCGCAGGCGAUAAGGGAUCAGACGCCUGUUGCGAAGGUGGGGGAUCCGCUGAGGAGAAGGGUGGGGGUUAUUGGAGGU